AUGGCUGCACCUCAGGUUAACGGCGAUGUGCCACCUUCCGCCUUCUUCGACCACCUCUUGAACUACCCCGUCGUCGCUGACAGCGUCAGCACUGUCAAGCAGAACAAGCUCGGCCAGCGCGGCAUUGCCCUCGGCGACUCGGCCUACCAAAUCCUCGCCAAGCCCGUCCUUCCCUACCUCGAGAAGCCCUAUCAAUACGUCUCGCCCUACGUCCGCAAGGCCGACGACCUUGGCGACAAGACUCUGUCUCAGAUCGACCAGCGCUUCCCGGUGGUCAAGAAGCCCACCGGCGAGCUGUACGAGGACACCAAGAGCUUGGUGCUCUUCCCGUAUCGCUUCGGCGUGGAGCAGAAGGACCAUGUGGUAUCGGUCUUCACGGGCGAGCGUAAGAAGGCCGGCGGCGAUAGCAUCGUCCCCACCGGCAAGGCUCUGCUGUCGACGGCUCUGAUUGUGACGAGUGAGACGCUUCACUGGGCGAGCAGCCUGAUCAGCUCCGGCAAACAGAAGGCCCAGCAGCAUGCCCAGCAGCAGGGCAACAACUAG